GCUGAAGACUUCUGCACACUCACGCAAAAAUAAAUAAGAGAAAAGCAAAGGAAAAAUAAACAAGAGAAAUGCAAAGGAUUUAAAAUUACGGAAAAUAAAGCAAAUUGUGGCAAAUAACUGAUAACAUGAUGUAUAAAAGUUGUACAAGGUUGGGAUUCCUGUGGUAUAAUUUUGGAAAUCAAGAUGGCGACCAUUAGUCAACCAAGUCAAGGGUCCAGAUUCGCUGGAGUCAAGACUUAUAGUGAGAAGUUCAAACAGCCUGAACUGGAUGAACAGGGAAGAGUGCGAAAGAUUGAGACAAGGGAGGAUGAAGAACAAAAUGUCAAACUGUCAGAAAUCAUUGAUUUGCUACUUGCUGCUGGCUAUUUCAGAGCACGCAUUAAAGGACUUUCUCCCUUUGACAAGGUUGUUGGUGGAAUGACAUGGUGUAUCACUGUCUGUGAUUUUGAUGUUGAUGUUGAUCUCUUAUUUCAAGAGAACUCCACAAUUGGACAGAAAAUAGCAUUGACUGAAAAGAUUGUYGCUGUGCUGCCUCGAAUGAAAUGUCCUCAUCGUCUUGAGCCUCAUCAAAUUCAAGGGUUAGAUUUUAUCAACAUCUUCCCAGUAGUUCAGUGGCUGGUGAAGCGUGCCAUUGAAAGAAAAGAGGAAAUGGGAGACUACAUCAGAGAAUUUUCAGUUUCACAGUUCAAUAAAUGCCAUACAACACCUCAGGAUGAUGAGUUUUAUGUGAAAAAGCCCAAGUGUAUGUCUACUAUAGGGAAUUUGAAGGAUGCAUACAAACCCAAAAGGAUUUAUCGCAGACCAGGGGGUUCAGAUAAUACUGAUGAACAAACAAGAGUYAGAACAACAUUGCUAGAAUAUGGAUGGCAGUUUGGAUUUAGUAAAGAGCAGCGAGAAAAAGACAAAGAAAAGGCAGAAAAGAAGAAAGCAGCCGCUGCAGCAACAGGAAGGCAAAGAACUCCUUCUACUGGAGAAGAAGAUGAAUACCUUAUUGAGCAGAAACGGCUAUCAUCUCUUCUGAAGGGCAUGGCUGCAACAGAGGGAAAAGAGGGGAUGUUAUCAUCUAGUGCAGUUGGUUCAAUUGUUGAGCUACAGUCUGARCAAAUCUCUCAGAUUGCAUCUGAAUAUGCUGAAAGGCAAGCAGAGCUCCAAGAAGGCAUAGAAGGAAGAGGUGAACGUGUAGGAGGAGCUCAGGCACACAAGAGAAUGGUGGCGUCUCUAGAGAAACAGAUUUCUGUACAAGAAAAGAAACUUGAACAGAUUACAGAGAAGCAGCAGCAGUUACAGGCUUCUCUAGAUGAAUCACAACAACAACUCUCUCAAGUUUGCUCAAGAAGUGAGCGCAUUCAUGAAGAAAUGGAUAAACUCAAUGAAAUGGAGAAGGGAGAGAAUGCUGUCAUUUUAGACCGUCUGCGUUCUUUGGUUGCCAUGAAUGAAAAUCUUAAGAAGCAAGAACAACAGUUUAGAGCACAUUGCAAGGAAGAAAUGUCACGUCUUCAAGAUAACAUUAACAAAUUGAAAGCAGAGGAAGGUCAAGAAGACAGUGAUGAAAAGGAAAGAAUGGACAGAAUUGACAAACAAUAUGAAGCUGAUAGGGCCAAGCUACAAAACAUUCGUCUUCUGCUGGCUCGCAAGAACCGAGAGAUUGCUGGUUUACAGAGAAAGGUUGAUGAAGUACCAUCAAGAGCUGAACUUACACAGUACCAACGACGUUUUGUAGAACUCUACAAUCAGGUUGCUGCUACACAUAAAGAAACAAAGCAGUUUUUCACUCUCUACAACACUUUGGACGAUUCAAAGCUUUACCUUGGGAAAGAGGUCAACCUACUCAAUUCCAUACACGACAACUUUGAGCAGGCUAUGUCUUCACCAGCCAAUAAGGAGCAGUUUCUGAAUCAAUUUGACCAAAUUGUAAAGGGCGUAAUAACAAACAAAGAAAAGGUCGAAAAGAAAAGAGCGAUUGAGAAGCAACGAAGAGAUGCAUUGAAUGACCAAUAUCUUGACUUGGUUGAUAAACAGCGUCUGUACUACAAGACCGUCAAAGAAUUUACAGAGGAAUGUCGAAAGAAUGAGAUAUUAUUGUCUAAGCUGAAAAAUCUGAAAUUGCAAUAACAAGAUAAUUACAAAGAGUUUUACUAUAGUGACGGAGCCGUGACUUUUUUGUAUUCAAAAGUGGAAUAAACGUGAACAAUUUUUUUGUAAAAUGGAAUUCGUCUUACUUCUGCUUAAUGGUAUGUUAUUAUUGUUCUAAAUCAUGGGUUUUAAUGCUUCAUCAAAGUUUAUCAUCUCAUAAGUUCCUUUAUUUUUCCAUAAAAAUGAGAAUCAAAUGAGAAAGUUAGCAACACCGUCAUAUGUGAAAAUAGAGCAGGAAAAUCGGCCAAAACACAAAUUAAAAAACACACAAAAAAAAUUAUUUCAACCAAAUAAUGUCAACUUAAAUUAACUAACUUUAAACACCUCAUUGUUUCUUUCACCGACCACGCCCAUUCACGCUAGGCGAUCUUACAAAGAUCAAACGCACUCAUAACCGCACACAAUAUUAUCCCUGUUUUGAAUAUGCUAUUGAGAAUCAAAAUCCUGUCAUAAUUUGAAAUAGAGAUGAUAGACUAGAAAGUCGUAAAUAGUGCUAGAAUUAAUUUCCGACCUCGCUGGUAUUCGAACCUACGGUCUUCGGAUAAUUUCCUUAAUCACUGUUAAAGACCGUUAUAAGAAUCGUGUUGUGACUGAAUGUUUUCGGUAUUGUAAUGGUUAAUCGAUUUUGCAUCGGCAAUGUAAUAUUACUCGGUAAUAGGCAUCAAACACUCUACUGAUUUGGUUCAAUCUUUUAAUACAAAGUGCACACGUUAGUCUAACAUAACAAAACUGUAUUUAUACUCUAUAACUCGAUCCGUUCAAAGGAAUAUCUUGCGUGUAUGAAAAGAAAUUACAUUGAGACUUCAAAAAACUCUGUGGCCACAGAAAUAUGAUUAUGAAUAGCGAAAAAUAAAUUUCAUUUAAACGUC